AUUUUUAAAGAUAAAGACUACACCGUGAUUCAAAACUUGCGCCUUUCCACUGAAUGUAACCAAACUUUUAAUUGUGGAAGUACAAUAUAUUUGGUAUAUUUAUCAACUUUAAAUAGAGCAAAUUGGAAUUGAACUUUGCGGCCACAUUAAACACAAUGUUUGGUCUCUUGCGCUCCGUGCUCCGUCCUGAUGUAAAGUUAUUUGAACGCACUAUGGCAUUCUACGCAGUAGCCAAAGGACGAAAAGUAGGCAUCUAUGGAAGCUGGGCAGAAUGCCAGGAGCAGGUGACAGGUUUUAAGGGAGCCGUGUUUAAGAAGUUCAACCUGCGCAGGGAGGCUGAGGAAUUCAUUGGUGCAAAAGCAGCUCAUGGAAGUUACACACCUGAUGAUUUCGCAGUGCCUCUCGGAAAGAAGCAGCCGCCUCCUGUGAGUUGGGCUGCUAAGGAACAGCACAAAACGAAGACAGAAGACUUCUGGCCAGAAGAUGUGGAAGAAGACGACAUAGUCACAGAGAAUGAAAUGAUGGCAGCUAUGGAUGAAGUGGAAGGGUUUCCUGCGCCAUCCAGCAGUCGCAAACGAAAGACAGAGGCAGAUACUUCUGCUAAGUCCAAAAUACCUCGACAUGCCUCUAAAGUUGAGGAAGGCGUUGCACUGAAACAGUUUGGUGCUUUUGAGUUUACCAUCGAUUCUGAAGGCUUUGUCAUUGUGUACACGGAUGGCUCUUGCCUGGGAAAUGGUCGAGCAGACGCUUGUGCAGGCUUCGGAGUUUACUUUGGUGACGAUCAUCCACUUAAUGCAGCUAAACCAGUACUGGGGCGUGUUACGAAUAAUGUGGGCGAAAUUCAGGCUGCGAUAUAUGCAAUUAAAACUGCAAUAGACUUGGGCAUCAGCAAGCUUGGCAUAAGUACGGAUUCACAGUUUUUAAUCAACUCCAUUACUAUGUGGGUUCCAGGCUGGAAGAGACGUGGCUGGCGUUUAAAAAACAAUGAACCGGUGAAGAAUGUUGCCGAUUUUAAAGAAUUAGAUGAGCUGCUGCAAAACGACGACAUUCAAGUGAAAUGGAACUAUGUAGUGGCCCACAAAGGCAUUAAAGGCAACGAAAUGGCUGACAAAUUGGCUCGCCAAGGCUCACAGUUGUACAGGGAAAUGAACUGCAAAAAAUAACUCAACACACUCAAUUUCAAAUUACCCACGCAAGUGUAGGCAUAAGUUGGCAUCCCUCUGUAUUUGACGUUUUCAGUUACAAAUAAGUUGACAGCUCGCACUGUUGUUUACAAUCGCAACCCCAUGCGAUAGCACAAUUAUUUUAAGCAUUUAAUUAAAUUUAAGAAGAUGAUGAACUCAA